UUCCGCAAAUCCCGCCACCGUUACGCAUCAGCUAAUUUUCUUCAAUUUUUUCCACACGAUAAUCGAAUAAAUAGAAUUCAAAGUGGAGUAAUUUUUUUUUGAAAAAACAAUAUGAAGAUAGCAAAACAAGCUGCAGAUCAAUCGGAUCAAUCGACACUCAGCAAAGCCGUUAAAAAUGUGAAGCAAAAACUUUUAACGAAACCUAAAAAACCCGAAGCUAAAAUUCCUAUCGAGAACAGCGAUGUUCCAUCGUCAACUGAAUCAGUUUCGCUUAAUAGAGGGAUUGUUUAUCUUGGACACAUUCCUCAUGGGUUCUUCGAAGAACAAAUGAUUAGCUAUUUCAAGCAAUUUGGGAAGGUUACCAGAGCUAGAGUGGUUAGAUCUGUAAAGACCGGUAGAAGCUGUGGUUAUGGGUACAUAGAAUUCAUGCACAGCGAAGUGGCAAAAAUUGCUGCACAGUCUAUGAACAACUACCUGAUGUCUGGAAGACUGCUAAAAGCGACGUACAUUCCGCCUGAGAAACAGCAUGGGCGUUAUUUCGCAGGGCGUCCAUGGAGUAAGCAACAAUUUCCUCGAUCAGUGAAAAGAAAGGAACAGAAUAUGCGAAAAAACCAAAAUGUGGAUAAUAGUGUUGACAGUAUGCUGGCUCAGCGGAAAAUGAAAAAAAUUUCUGUUAUGGAGAAAAAACUUGAGCAGGCAGGAAUUUUCUAUAAGAUUAAACCCGUUGAAGUACCCGAAGACACGCAAGUUAAAAAGAGAAAAAGCUCUGCCUCUCGACCAGCUUCAACAGGAACGAAAAAGAUAAAAACUUCCAAUGGUACGGUAGCGAGUGAAAUUGACGCCGAAGAUGGUUCUUUACAAAAAGUGGAGAAAAAAGCAGUUGUCAAGGAACCUGUGAUUAACAAGACGAAGAAAAAGAACAAGUUAGAAUUGAAACCGGCUGACGAGGUUGCUGAAGCUAUCAAGGCUAGUAUUUUAGCAGUUCCAAAACCGAAGAAGAAAAUUUCUACAUGCACAGUUCAAGUACCCGAAAUAAGCUUGCCAAAAAAAUCUAAGAAGAAAAUGGCAGCUGAUUCCGUUCCUAUUAAGAAGAAGAAAGAAGCAGUGUCAACUGAAUUACUUGUAGGUAAAAAAUUGAAGGGAAAAAUUGAGUCGAUUGAUCAUCCGCCUACUGCUAAGAAGCUGAAACAGCAAGUGGAAGUGAUUGAUCAUCCACCAACUGUUAAAAAGACGAAACAGAAAGUACAAAAGAAUAUCCCUGCUGCAGUGCCGCUCAUUGAAAAGUCGGGACAAAAGAAAAUUUCUUUCCUAGUACCAACGGUUAAAAAAUCCAAAAAACAAAUAGCAGCUCAAGUAUCGCUGAGCAAGAAAGGGAAAAAGAAAGGUGCAGCGGCAUAAAUGAUGAUGCAUCGAACUAAGCUGGAUUCAAUUGUAAUUGAGUUUUUCAGCAAUUGUGACGGAUCGAGUUUUGGUUUACUUUAUGUUUCGUGAAAAUGAUCGAUUAGAUCAAUGGAACUUUUACCUCAUAUACGAUUUUAGAAAUCGUAAAUAAUUUUCCCUACGAUCCUUGGAAUAGAUUGUACAUACAGCUCAUGUAUUUCAUCACAGCGUUUAAUAAACGAAGUAUGCGUAA